AUGCUUUCGUACUAUAUCGAGCUGAUAGAAUCAAUCAUAUUUAUUAUUAUUUUUGCCGCUUAUGUUGGCUGCUUCAUUCUUGGUGGUUCAAUAUUCCAGAAAGAUAAUUUAAUCGGAAAAGGUUUCAAUAAAGUAAUUAAAUACGCAGAUCUCCCAGUAAUAAGAUUGCUUCCAAAGGUUUUGUAUAUAUUUUCACGUUAUAGCUCAUUAGUAACUUUUUCUUUCAGGAUUGUUCCAGAAUUAAAGGAUCAAAACAUAAACAUAGACCUAUACAACAUUAUUUAUAUUAUAUCAUUUUUCAUUUCAAUCGCCAACUAUGCUUUUGCCCUUUUUAUGAAGCCAACACCAAUUAAAUCUAAAGAACCAGAACUUCUUUGCGAAAAAGAUGGAAACUACUAUGAAAAAUACGAUCACUAUUCCAGAUUUUUCCAUGUUCCAAUUGCAAAAUCCAAUCACUUUUAUUAUGUCUUAUUUGGAAUUUUUGCUAUGAUAAAUUCCAUCGUUUUUAAUUCACUUUCCAUCAGAUCAUUAAUAGACAGACUACGUGCCGACCGAUUAGUGUCCUGGAGUCCAAACAGAUACUUAAAUUCCGUUAUUUUACUCGCAAAAGUUUACAAGUUAGAUUCAAAGUUAAGUACCAUGUCUGUAUAUGAAAUGAUUCUUGUUUUCUGGGGAUUUUCAGUUCUUAUUGACUCAACACUCAUGUUUUUGUCAGGAAAGAGCAGAUAUAGACUUCUUAACAACCCUAAUAUGAAAUACACUUCUAAACGCCAGAGAAUGACUAAGAAAGGAAUGAAUAACAAAGGAAUGACUAAGAAAGUAAAACCAAAACAAAAAUCGGAAAAGCAAAAUGAAUAUUUUUCUAAAUAUGAAAAAUUAAUGUAUUUAGAAUAG